AUGGAAGUGGGAAACCAGAAAUCCCGUGAAACGGCCGAGGACAACUGCGACAUAAGUGAUGAAGACCUCGUUUGCGAUAUGUGCGAGAAAAAGGAUGGCUUGGUGUUCUGUGAAGGCUGCGCUUCUUACUACUGCGACGAUUGCUGGCAAAGGCUGAGAAGCCAUCGGGUAGGAGGUCAAGGAGCCAGUGGUGUCCCACACGGCAAAUCGAAACCCGAGGUCGUUCGUAUGAUCAAAGUCUCCAUGUCAGAACCACAAGACGAAGGCGACGAAAGGCAUCAGCAUAUCAAGGACGAAAACUCGAUCUGGUUUGGACUAAGCCAAGAUGAUGGUGGCGACCCGGCUUUGGCUGAUUACAGACGAUACGCCUCGAUCAUGAUGGAGAACGCUGGCGAAACGUCCUCGCCUCGGUUUCCGGGACUUGUUUCUUUCAUUGGACCUACUAGUUCCGGAAAGAGCACGCUUAUCCGACUACUCAUCGACUCAUCCAAACGAGCCAACGCAGAGAGUGCUGUCUCUGUGCCUGUCAUCGGACGCACGGAUUGCGAUACCCCUACAUCAGCUGACGUCCAUCUUUAUAUGGACCCUGAAACAGGUUCGGGGACGCGGCCGAUUCUGUUCGCAGAUUGCGAGGGAUUCGAGGGUGGUGAGCGAAGCCCUAUCGCACAGGCAGCUACGUCCGCAGUCCAAGCAUCGUCGGCUGGACGUAGGAUUCACGAUCUGCCCAAACCAAGUGGUCAGCCUUUACAAGACUUCAAGAGGGCCACCCAGGCGGUGACAAAACGAGUCAUUAGAUGGGCGUCUCGAAACUCUCAACAUCAUGAGAAAACUAGUAAAAGAGGAUAUGCUGUCUCUGAGAUGUACCCACGCAUCUUCCAUGCCUUUUCGGAUGUCAUUGUGUUCGUUCUCAACAAUCCCAAGACGAUGGAGGACGUAGUCGAGAAACUACUACAGUGGGCAAGAGCCAACUACUCCGCAUCCAUUAACAUGCCGUGCAAGCCUCAUGCCAUAAUCGCCAUCAACAAAUCCCCAAGCUCUUCCCAGAACGAGCAUUGGCUUCCGGCUCAGACGACCAAAGAAUUCUUCAAGGCUAUGGACCCUCAACUGACAAAAAACCCAACGUUCAAGAGGUACGCCGAGGAAUGGAGAUCGGCUCAGAAGCCCAUCCACAGAAUGCAGGAACUCUUCGAGCAGUACUAUUGGACAGUGACUGUCGUCAAGUUGCCAGAGAAGAGUAGAUACGCCCUUAUGCAUCAACAAAGAAACGCACUGCGUGAAGUGGUCAACGAAUGUUGCGAGAAGUCAUUUGACAAACGGCAGGACCUCGGUAUGCUGCCAGAUGUCGAUGAGUUUGGAAUGUACUUGUCUCUGGCGUUUGACCACUUCUCACAAACUCUUGAUGAUCCAUUUGACUAUGUUAAAGCAUCCAUUCAGAACCGGCCUCCGCCCAGCUCCCUCAAAGAUAACAUUUUCGAGUUUGUCCUUCUUGUUGCUGAUUUCUUCAGUCUGAAAGGCGACGUCUUCACGCUUUUCAACACCAUCACGAAAAUUCUGGCUUCAUACUUCAUGCUCGACUCAGCACGCCAGCAACGUCUAGGACAACCUCAGGAUUGGUUUGAAGCACAAUCCUCUGACCCCUCUGGAAACAAGGAGCAGCCAGUCUCGUAUCACACGAUUUGCCAAGCUGUUCUGAAGAAAUACUUCGACUUUCAUGUGCCUUGCGAGUACACACAGCCCAGUCGUGCCAUAUCACGUGGCUUUAAAUGUGAGCUGGUGCCAGCCACGCACACCCAAGACAUGUACCACAGGCAGUCACGGAAGGGGAUGGCUGCUACGACUGAAGUAUAUGCCUCCAAAGGAUAUGAACACAAAUAUUAUCCUCCUGAUAAGGAAUUCAAAUGGCACGGGACGAUUCUUGAAGACCUCCAGAACCUCUAUUCGGAGUACGUGGACCAUGGUGCCAACACGUCCGUGAGACCGCGCGAGAAGGUCGCAUGGGGCCAUCAGCUUCAGCUGAAGCAGUUCUACUCAAAGGGCCAUUUUUACUCCAAUCGAAUCUGCCUCGGCUGCAUCUUCAACCCGCCAACCUACCGACUGCGCUGUGGACACACCCUCUGCCUCCAGUGCGUUCUGGAUUUUGGCAAACCCAUACUCGGAGACGACACGCAGAUCUCAGUGGCUCAGUGCCCAGUCUGUCCCACAGAUGCACAUAAUCAAGUCAUGCGAUUGGAUCCGGAUAUAGUCAACAUCGACUUGGUCUAUUCGGGACUUCGAGUCCUUGUCCUAGAUGGAGGUGGCGUGCGUGGCAUUGAUGAGUUAUGUGUCUUGAAGGCGAUUGAAGACGAGUUGCAUGGAAUACCGUUACAGAGAUUCUUCGACCUUAUAGUCGGAACCAGCACAGGAGGCAUUUUGGCACUUGGGUUUGGGCAUAAACUCUGGUCCAUCGACGAGUGUAUCGGCAGGUUUACAAGCCUGGUGCGCGUGGCCUUCACUGCGAGACCGGGUCAGAAGUACGAGGGUCUCAAGUAUAUCGAGCAGCUAUUCCGCCAAAGCAAAUACAGGUCGGGCCCACUUCGGGACGCUCUCAAGUGCUCCUUUGGUCUCUCGCCACUAUUUGCUCCCACUACUACUCCAGUCGAGCCAGUAUCGGACUUCAGCAGCCUCCAGUCAACGGAUUCUGACAGCCUCCGGGUGCCAAGGGAUCCUGUCAAGGUUGCUGUAACUACAGUCUCCGAAGCUGGAAAAAGGGCUUACCUGCUGUCCAACUACAAUGUGGGAUCACACUGUACCUCGGAUGGCUCCAAAACGCUGCAGUACUCGCGCCACAGACCUGCCACGGACCAAGAGGAAUUCCUCGUCUGGGAGGCUGCUCGAGCGACGUCAGCGGCCCCUGGAUUCUUCAAACCCUUCGAACCUGAUCAUUUCAGUCCCUCAACUCAAUUCAUGGAUGGAGCGCUCCUCCACAAUAACCCGAUUCAAAUCGCCAUUGAGGAGGCUCGGCGGCUGGCUAUCGAACGAAAUCUGCACGCCAGGCCAGACAUAGUGCUCUCCCUCGGCACUGGCCAGUCGAAGGACCAGCCCGCACCCGAAGACUGGGCCAGGGACUUUGGAAGCUCCGAACACAUCAACAUCACUGCAAAGGUAUUGCACCAGCGUCAGAAGCUCUCCUUGUUGCCAAUGUUGUUCACUAUAGUCAAGCACCAGUUGAAGAUGAACCUGGAUUGCGAGAAGCGAUUUGAGCAAGAGCCACCACUUCUGGACGCUGUCGACAAGGUCGAUCUGAUGCUGAACAACACGCGUGGUUGGACUCAGCGCGAAGAGGCAAAAGCCCAGAUCCAUGACAUCGCCUGCAAGUUGGUGGCGAGUAGUUUCUACUUUCAACGGAUUGGUGGGCCAGGCAAAGCCCAGGGUCGAGGAUCGCCGAUCCAACUCCGAGGGACCAUCAAGUGCCGUCUUACCAAUACCUCCGAGGUGAUGGCUCUGGGCAGGUUUUUCGCAAAGUGCUCUCCGGCUCCGACAUUCGUAUUGAUCAACUACGCGAGCACGGACCAGGAAGUCAUCAUCCCAGUCGACGUUAUGGAAUCUCAGGGUCAUUUUGGCGGAGUGGAAGUGAGACUUACGAUACCCGGCGAGGAUGCAGUUGCAAGUAUCGAGUUGAAGCUUGAACGGCCAGAUGUUAAGAAUCGGCGUCUGUUCCGCUUGAGUGGAUUUCCUAGGAAACUGGUUAAGGAAGAUUACAGCUCCAUCCACCUCUUUUCACUGCCUUACCCUAUUGGCCAUGGAGACAAAUUGAUACAUCCUGAGGUUUCGUGCGGCUUUGUUGUGCUGACCAAAAGGGUUGCUUUGGAGCCCAGCGGAUAUCUCUAA